CGGAUUAGAUCGUAAACAACCAUGGAUCCGCAGAGAACAUCACUUUAGUUGACAGAUUCUAAAAAUCACUACCCACGGUGACACUCACGAUUAUAGCAUCAUGUGCAUUUACAACAUCGCGUUCAGAAUGGAAGGGAUUGAGUUGUAUGACCGUUGAUGACCGUUCCGGUGAUUGUCACCCACGAAUCUACUGUCUACCGCGGGACAUUAUACUGCAUGUCAGGGUGUUGAAGAGGAGAGGAAUAAGCUCCUUGGUGAGCUUGGUCAAGGGUUUUCGAGGAUCAGGGAGAGCCCCAAACAACCCCAACAAGAAGACCAGAAUUCAAAGAGAUGAAAUAAUAGACCUUAUCCACUCACUGAUGAUACAACCGUCUACUCAUAUUUUCCAAACUGCAACAACAACAACAACAAACUGGGAAACCUAGAACAUUGGAUCCCACAUUUUAUUAAGCUGACCUAAAGCUUUUGGAGUUUUCUGUGACCCAUAGAGUAAUCCUGAACCAAAUCAAUAUCUCUAGCCAGAAUCCAAUACUAGUAAGUGGCAACCCUAAGGCAGCCAGCCACGUCCCUCCCACUGUUUGGGAACCACUGAGUUGGAGGAGAACAACAGCGUGAAGGAGAGGAUGGGUAACAAGAGCAGCAGCCCCUCCAGAGACCCAGACACUGAUACUACUCAGAGAGAGGAGAGAACCAACACUGGAACUGCCUCAGGAAGUGGUCACCCAGGCCCCAGCCCUGACCUGCUUGCCUCACUACAGUCAUUGGGAGAACACAAUGACCACACACUGCUGCCACAGUCUCUACACCAGAUAGCAGAGGCCUACUCCCUGGAUGAGGACUACCAUUGGGCGGUGCAGUUCCUGCAGCUGGAGAAACUGUACCAUGAGCGCCUCCUGUCCAAUCUUGCUGCCCUGCAGGAGGACUGGGAGAGCCAGUGGAGAGAGCGUAACACAGUAGCAGAGAGCACCUCCCCAGCUGAGACCAACAGCACUGGACAGGAACACAUAGAAAUGCUGAGCCAGAUCUGCAGGACGCACCAGAGACCAAUGCUUAGUGUGAAAACGAGCAUGGCAGACACGGUGCUGAAAGACAGCCACAACACCAGGGGGCAGUGUGAUGGGAGAGAGAAAGAAAGGUCACCAUCCCAUCAUGGAAAAGUCAGAGUCAACAACCCUGUAAGACAGAGUGAGGAGUAUGUUAAGGAGACCACGUCAACAGGAGCUGUCCCUGACAUGGCUGAGGAGGGAGGAGAGGAGGGAGAGCGAGGAAAGGAAGAGUUGGAAGAGGAAGGGCAGGGGGUGGAUGAAGAGGAGGUGUUUGAGGAGAGUCCAGAAGAGGAGGUGCAGGUGGUGGAGUGGCCAGUGGGGGUUCCCCAAGCCUCAGCCGAAGACCUGGACAAACUGUCUCAAGUGGAGGAGAGCUCCUCAGCAGACGGCCUGGUGUCCAUUCUAAAGAGGAGGAGGGCAUCGUUAGAUGGCCUGCCCCCCGAGGGUCCCGAUGCAGCCAAACACAACUCCAAACGAAAGGUGCACUUCAGCCAGCCAGAGGACGGCAUGGAACCAGACGAGGUGGGCGGAGACUCAUGUUUGAUCCUGCUGUUGUUGUGCCUGGUAACCGUGGUGAUCAGUCUGGGCGGGACGGCUCUGUACUGCACCCUAGCGGACACAUACAGUAGCAUCUGCAUUGAUUUCUCUCACAAUGUAGACUUUUACGUUGUGCACGUACAACGCUUCCUGGAUAGGUUCAGCCACUGGAUGCCCAUACGAUCAUAGUCAGGACUACUACUGCAGUCAGGACAUACAGUCACUUACUGCUGCAGUCAGGACAUACAGUCACUUACUGCUGCAGUCAGGACAUACAGUCACUUACUGCUGCAGUCAGGACAUACAGUCAGGACAUACAGUCACUUACUGCUGCAGUCAGGACAUACAGUCACUUAUUGCUGUAGUCAG